UGUCGUGUUAUAUUUUGUGGCAAUCAAUCGCUUUCAGUGAGAAUCUCUUUGAAAAUUCCUAUGUGAUCUGGCAAUUCCAACACGGCUCUACCUUAAAACGUUCAUGGCAAUCCCAUUAGACGAUGCAACCGAGAUUGCCCCUUCGUGAAGCUAAAAAGUGGGGACCGAAACGAAGAAAAAUGGUGUCAAUUUUCAUUUCCGGUUGAACCAAUCUAAAAGUUUAGUGCAUAGGUUUGGUCUAUUGUUUCAUCAUACUUGCUUCGUCAAUUAUUUCCGAACUCUCGUGUCGACCAAUAAUAUUUGCAAAGCGGAAUUCGCUUCUGCUGUUAUGCUUCCAAGUUAAGAUCCCCUGGGUGACAUGACUAGUUUUGCUCUGUGGUGUCGGUGACCCCCUCAAGAUCCAUCAAUCGAGAAGGAUUGACUUCACACCGACACCAAGACACCCUCAAGCAAGUUAUACUGAUUGGGCGCUCUCUUCUUUCGCUCUUCCCCAAAGAAAGAAGAAAGAUCAAAAUCCAGGUCCAGAGAGUCUUCGGACCCAACAAUGGCAGAAGCGUUGACAGAAGAUCAAGUCGCUGAUUUUCGCGAAGCUUUCUGUCUCAUCGACAAGGAUUCCGACGGCAUGAUCACUAUGGAGGAACUCGCCACGGUGAUCCAAUCGCUUGAUGAGCACCCCACAAAAGAAGAAGUCCAAGAAAUGAUCAGCGAAGUGGAUUCGGUUGGGAACGGUACGAUAGACUUUGCAGAGUUCUUGAACAUCAUGGGGAGGAAAAUGAAGGAAAAUGUUGCGGAAGAGCUAAGAGAAGCAUUCAAAGUGUUUGACAGAGAUCAGGAUGGAUAUAUAUCUGCCAGUGAGCUGAGAAAUGUGAUGAUGAAUUUGGGCGAACGGCUCACAAACGAAGAGGCGGAGCAGAUGAUUAGAGAAGCUGAUUUGGACGGCGAUGGUCUCGUCAGCUACGAGGAAUUCGUGAGGAUGAUGAUGAUAUUCUAGAGUUACCUGGCUGCGCUCGGAAACAGAGCAAAUGGGAUGGACGAGUUAAUGUAGAUCAUUCACUUUCAUCAUGGAGCAAUUCCACUUCUGUGAAAAAUGUUGUACAAUAAUACAUAACAUGUCCAUUGAUGAAAUGAACCAUGAAUAUUGAUGUCCAUGAGGGCCAACUCGAUCCUCUAUUACGAUUUCGAUGCUUUCAUUCAA